AUGCAAGCCCCACGAGUCCUACGGCUUGCCAGUCGCGCAACUGCGCCUUCGCGCCAAUAUGCAUACCAGGCAUCACAAGCACUCCGACUCCGAACGAUAAGCACAUCGCAGCGCCCAAGCAUCCAGCAUCCCUCCAAAGCAUACAAACCCACCCGUCGAGCCUUUGGCCUUCCAUCCCUCUCAUCCUUUCUCCCCAACGGCAAUGGCAACAACUCCCCCCACCGCGUCCUAACAGCAACACGCAACCUCCCCUACAACCCAGCCCUGCUAUACAAAGUGAUCGCAUCCGUUGAAUCCUACAGCCAAUUCCUCCCCUUCCUCACCGCAUCGACUGUCACAGCCCGAGACCCGGAAACAGGGUACCCCACGCAAGCGUUCUUGACAGUAGGGUACGGGCCGCUGAGCGAGACGUUCACGUCGCGCGUGGACUGCAAUGUGGAGAAAUUGACUGUCGAGGCGAAGAGCGGGGACAAAUACGGGAAGGAGGGCCAGGAUAAGCAGGGAAAGGGCUCUUCUGGACUUAGUGGGUUCUUCCCUGGUGGUAAUGAGGGUCUCUUCGAGUACCUCACUACGAAGUGGGAGCUUGUGCCUCUUUCGCCGGCCGAGGCGCAGGGUGGACCGAUGACGAAAGUCAAUCUCGAGGUGCGGUUCGAGUUCCGUUCGCAGAUGCAUGCUACUAUUAUGAGCUCUGUUGAGGGCCAGAUGGCCGGGGUUAUGAUUGAGGCUUUUGAGAAGCGGAUACGAGAGGUUGAGGGCAAGGGCUUGUAA